CCUGCACCCUACCUGUGCCAACAGCAUCCUACCUGUGCCAACAGCACCCUACCUGCAUCCUACCUGUGCCAACAGCAUCCUACCUGUGCCAUAAGAGAAGUGCAUCUAUGCCCUUUGCUAUUCAUUCUCUGGCUCUCCUGUGCCUCUGGAUGGUUCAUAUCGCUGCCAGUAAGACCGAAUGGAGGGCUAGAUCAUCAACCCUCGAGCUUUGUGGCCUCACAUGUGAAGGCUCUGGUUUUAAUACACUUGAGAGAGAUUCUGCCAUCUUAGAAAUCGAUUGUAAAUACAAAAGUCUCAAAAUCUUCAAUGGCUACUACAGUCGGACCCAUGUGAACAUAUCUACCGGCUGCUGCUCCAUCCAAAACCUCUCUAAAUCUGAUACAGGCGCCUAUAAUAUCUUUAACAUUGAGUCGGAAAAGAAACUUGUCCAAAGCACAUAUUACGUGGUUAUAGACCCAGUGCAGAUCCGAAGCCUCAGUUCCAGCCGCAGUGAUGGGGGCAGAGAAGUGAGAGUGACAUACACCGGGGACGAGGCCACUGUUAUCUGGACAUGGAACGGAGGGGCACUGCCAAUGGGACACCGGCUGAGCGACGGCAACAAGACCCUGACAGUUCCCAGCAAUUACACGGGCACAUUCCGGGUCUAUAUCCGUAACCCCAUUAAUGAGACCAGUGCUGAGAUCAACAUCCCUCUCCCAGAAUCUCCAUCUCGUUCUGUCCAGGCCAGAGCUGGAACCAUCGGCGGUGCUGUUAUUCUGGAUCUCAUUGUUCUUGUCUCUUGUUGGGUAUGGGCUUGUAGGAAAUCUAGAGCAGAAUCAGCCUUACAACUAAAUGGAUCCCAGCUGAGAGCCCUGCAACUGCCCCAGCCUUGUGCCCCAGGCCAAGGAGGAACAGGGACUCGGCAUUUGGACUCAUGAAGAAGGAAUUGGUGGCACCAAGAAAUACCCCAUAGCUCAGUUUGGGGUUUCUUCUAUCUCUUUCCCUACCAGCACACUGUAUUUUAGCUAAAUCUCAGGCACUUUUCUUACCUGAGAAAUUUGUCCCAUGUUUUGCUUAUUUAUUUGCAGCAGGGCAGGCAGCCACAAUCUUCCCUGGACUCCAGUUCAGGUUUGGGUCUCGUGUAGAUCCAAAAUUGACUUUUUUUAUUGGCUAAAAAUUGGGGCAAUUUUUAGUUGGAGGUGAUGGGAGAGGAGGCAGCCUAGGACAGCACUGGGCAUACCUGAUGUUGGGGCAGGCAUUAUUAUUAGUAAUAUUAUAAAUGCAAUAACGGCCCACAGGUCUGUGCAGUAAAUGGGUAUAUGCACUGAACUUCCAUACAAAACUACCUCCUGUGCAAGAGGUAAAGAGCUCCCUGCCAAGGAGCGUACAAUCUGUUUACCCCCAGGACAAAGUGCGCACCUUAGGGAAUGGCAAGCAACACAGAGCAGUAAGUGGGAAAGUUCUUGCAUGCCUGGGACACAGUUGCUUCCUGGGGACUAAAUUCGGGGACAGAAACCUUGAAUCUGGGGAUCCCCUGGGAAAUGGGGACUGAUGGCAACCUUACAUAGCAACAGGGUUCCGCGGGGAAACAGGAAGGGAAACUGCAUUUAACUCCAUCAUAUAAACAUGAACAUUACUGUACUUCCUUUAUGGCAAUUAAAUGUAGUGACCCCAAGAUUUGGGCCCCUUUGCCUGGUAUCCCCUUUAGACCGGCACCAGUGGGUGGCCUUGUUGGGAUGUGGACACCUAAUUGUGGUCUUAAUAUUGUGUGUAUGUGCUAUAAUUAUUCUUU